AUGGACGACCCCAACAAGCGGGCAGUCGUCAACGCCAACCGCCGCGUCGCCAACAUGACGUCGUCGCAGAUCGAGAGCAAGCGCUCCAUCGACCGCGCCAACCAGCGGUACUGCCGGGCGAAGCGAAAGACGCAGCUGGGCCAGCUGCAGAGCCAGGUCGAGGAGCUUACCAGGGAGCUGGAGGAUACGAGGAGACAGCUCCGGGAGUAUCGGGAGCGUGAGGAGACGUGGGACUUUGACUCCCUCUACCAACCCACCUCAGUAGACUUCGCCGGGAUCAAUGCCAACCUUCUCGACCCGACAUGGGACCUCCCAUCGACCUCCAGUCUGAACCACCGGAAUCUAUUUCAGGAGCACCCAUCGCCCGGACCGCCGUCAAGGCCGCUCCCAUGGACAGGCCAUUUCAUACUCGACUACGACUCGCCGUUUACAGCACUGCACGCUGCAGAGUGGAAGGCGAUCCCGCCUCUCACCGAUGCAACCACGCAGCUCGACCAAGUCAUCCUCACCACCACCCAGACGCUGCGCAGCCGAGGCUUCCGAGCCGCACAUAAAGAGUCUCCGUUCCCGAGCAUCUCGUCUCUGUUGAACCCAGCCGGUCAGGACAAAUCCGGCUCCUGCUCCAUUUCCACGGCCGCCGCGGCCCAAGUUGGCAGAUCACCGGUUGCCUCUCUCCUUGCCCGCGUGGGCUUCAUGUAUUUCCUCUCACACCUCCUGCGAUGGUACAUCUGCCGCACAAAGGAGAGCUACGACCAGCUGCCAAGCUGCAUCCGACCUACCCUCCUGCAAAGAACCGUUCCACACCCUGCAUGGAUCGACGUGAUCGUAUGGCCCGAAGUGCGCGACGCAAUAAUCCAGCACAUGGACUGGUCCCGCUUCUACGAGUUCCGCGCCGUCGUGUCCAAGUCUCUCUGCGUUGGAUGGCCUCACAUGGACACGCGGGCUGUGUUUGAGUCAGGCGAUGGCAAAAACUACAAGCUGAGCAGUGUCUUUGAGCAGCAUUUGAGGGACGGCAGUAAUUGGACGGUGGGUGCGGAUGCGGCAGAGGCUUUCCCAUUUCUGAAACCGGUUUGCAAGGAGUCUCCAUAGGCCAUGUGAUUCUUUGUGACGACGAUGUGCCAUCUUUAGUAACAGUUCUUUGAUAUACGAGCCGUGCUCAUGUUUGCAUUCCGCGCCAAGAAAGACCGUGACGCACUACUAAAUUUCAAAGAACGAUAUCAACUCAGGGCCCCUUUAC